UCAGUUUGGUUGUUGUUCAUCAGUGUCGACAUCUACAUUUAAUCAGAAAUUCAUGCGCAAUGGUGUAUGCAAGUGGUGCAGGUGUCAUAGAGAGUAUAAACGAAAUUAAAUAGUGUUAUCUCUUGGACAAAGCUUUUGAUUUCUAUUGAAAUAUUUAUCAUUCUGCAGAAAAGAAUAAUAAGCUAAAAAUGUUUAAUAUUUAUUACCUUGGAUUAUAUUUAUUCUUAUUUGGAACUUGCAUUGGAGAUUAUUCUUGGGAUAGAAAUUGGGAUAGAAAAUGGCAAAUAAUAUGCCCUAGCUUAUAUCCUCAUGUAUUUACAAAAUAUUUGCCUCGUGGAAAUCUUUCUCAAAGUUUUUUCACACCAUGGUCUCAUGUAACAAGUAUGAAACAUUGCGUUGCUAGUUGUUGCAAUAAAUUACGAUGUAACGUAGCUCUGAUGCAUAAUAACACGUGUUAUCAUGUGAAAUGUGAUAAUUCCAAAAUGUGCAUGCCGUUGUAUAGACCUGAGUUACCAAAUGAAAACGCACCUAGUAUGGUUUUAGUCAAACCAAUAAAAGAUAAUGAAAUGUGGAGUGAACUAUUAACUCAAGUAAAUGAUGAAACUGGACCUUUAUUAAUGGACAACAUUGACGAUACCCAUGUUGUAUUUGAGACUUAUAGUGUUAGUUGCAUAGAUCCAUCAGAGUGUGCACCUAACGAAGUAUGUAUUAGACACGAGGAAAAAGAUGACAUAGGUAUUUGUCAGUGCAGUUUUGGAUUCAAAAGGAAUAUCGCUGGUACUUGUGUGGUGUUAGAUGAUAUAGAAUCUGCAGAACUUGGUGUUACUCCUCAAAUAAGUGGUCAAAUUUUAAAAGGUACAACUACAUCUGUGAAGCCUACCUUGAAACAGUUGUUGGUAUCUGCAGUUUCUAAAGAAGUACGCUUGCCAGAGAAUGAAGUAACAUUAUCAGCAUACACAAUACCUGCUGAACAAGGCAAUGAACAUUAUAAUUAUGCUUGGAGUUUACUUAGUCAACCAGAAGGUCAUACAGGAACAAUGACUGAUCAAAAUCGUAUAACUGUUAAGUUGAGUAAUUUAUCAGAAGGCUUAUAUAGAUUUAAAGUAGCUGUAAGUAGUCCAAAUGCUUAUGGAGAAGCCUAUGCAAAUGUCAGUGUUUUACCACCUAAAAGAAUAAAUCAAGCACCAAUUGCUAUAAUUUCACCUGCUUCACAAGUUGUAAAAUUGCCCAAUACGGGAGCUGUAUUAGAUGGAUCAACGAGUAAAGAUGAUGAUCACAUAAUUUCUUAUCAUUGGGAACUGCAACAAGGUCCUAUUGGAUAUCAGCCUAAUUUAGUUGAUACUCCUACCUUACAACUGGAUAAUCUCAUUGCUGGAAAUUAUACCUUUAAGCUAACAGUUGAAGACUCUGAUCAUGUCACAAAUUCUACAAAAGCUAAUAUAACAGUUUUAAAAGUAAUCGAUUAUCCACCAAGUGCGAAUGCAGGACAAGAUGUUAUAAUUUAUUUACCUCAAAAUACAUUGAUACUUAAUGGAAACUUAAGCACAGAUGAUAGAGGAAUAGCAAGCUGGGAAUGGACAAAAAGUCCUUCUGAUCAAAACAAAGCUGUAGACAUGCAAUUUACAAGAACUCCUUAUUUACAUCUAUCAAAUUUGGUAGAAGGAAUGUAUACUUUCGUUCUUAAAGUAACAGAUGAUUCUGGCCAGGCUUCUUCAGCUGAAAUUCAUGUUUUUGUAAAGCCUCCAACAAAUAAACCACCGAAAGCUAAUGCUGGAGAGGAUAUAACUAUUGCAUUGCCAGAGACACGAACAGUAUUAGAUGGUAGAAAAAGCAAAGAUGAUAUAAAAAUAGUUUCAUAUCACUGGAAACAAAUGAGUGGUCCCAGUAUAGUUGAUUUUUCUGCAGUAAAUGAAUCUAUUACAAAUGUAACAAAGUUAACUAAGGGAGAUUAUCUAUUCAAACUAACAGUGAUCGAUGAUAAUGGAAAUAAAGAUUCUGACACAGUCGGUGUCAAAGUGACACAGAAUAAAAAUGCAGCACCUAAAGCAAAUGCUGGUGGUGACCAAAUUAUAAUAGCUCCUAUCGUUGCCUUAAUCCUUAAUGGUUCACAAUCUUCCGACGAUUUACGUAUCGGACAGUGGUUAUGGACGAGAGAACCAUCUAGUCUCGCAGUGGGCACUAUAAUCGAAGGAACGGAUAAAUCACCAAUAUUAAUGUUAACUGAUAUCGUGCCUGGCAGAUAUCUUUUCAAACUUAAAGUAACAGAUGAACAAGGAUUAAGCAACGAAGAUACCGUAUCAGUAAUUGUAAAAUCAGACCCUCAAUUGCUUCAUUUGGUAGAAUUGACAUUAAAUAUAGGUGCUAAUGUAUUAACAGAAUCUCAAAAAAAUUCUCUGGUUGUAAAAUUACAAAUGCUAUUGCGCGACGAAGCAUCUAUUAUCGUACGGAACUUAAGAGCUGAACCACGUACAGGAAAAGCGGUAUUAAUAUUUUAUGUGGAAAAAAAAGGUGGCAAAGAAACGAUGUCUGGUCCAGAUGUGGUUAAGAGAUUAAAACAAAAACUUGAACAAGAUUCUGGUUUAUUACAACUAUCAGUAGCAAAUAUAGAUACUGCAUUGUGUCAAAAUAAUUGUUCAGGUCAUGGAGUGUGUAAUCAGGGAACACGACAGUGUAUGUGUGAAGCAUUUUGGAUGCAGAAUUUAAUACAAAAAUAUUUUGGUAAUGGAGAAUCUAACUGUGACUGGAGUAUUUUGUAUGUGUUAAUAGCACUAUUAUCCUUGGUUGUUUGUUGGGUUGGACUUAUUUGGGGACUUAUUUGUUUAUGUCAGAGAAUAUGUACUAGUAAGAGAAGAAUAUUGCGUCCGAAGAAAAAGCCAGCUCGUUAUUCUCUUCUUCAACCAGAACCCGAAGACGAUGUUCCACACACUAAGAUGGUAUUAUCAGAUUCAGAUGCUGAUUCUUAUGAUGUCUUGUUUGAACAUUGUAAGACAAGAAAUAAUAGUCACAUGAGAAAUGGUAAAGCUCGUAAUGGUUUGUGAAAGUAAAAACAAAAAAAAAUAUUUAAGUGUUACAUUCACAAAAUCAUGUUGAUAUAAUUAACGCACAUGUGUGUAAAUUUGGCCAAACAUAAAGUACUAGUCAGUUAUGGGGCUGUAAUCUACACUAAGUACCUUACAAUGAUAAGAAAAUGACGAAACUUAAAUCCGAAACUUGUAAAAAGGACCGAACAAAGUAGAUAAUCUUUGAAUAUAAAAGUAUAAUGAUAUCUCUUCAUUGCACUUCAAUUAUUUAUUUCAUUAUGAAUUAAUGCAGUAUUCAUAUAUUCGUUACGCUUUAAAAAAAAAAAAAAAAAAACUUAUUAUAUAUUUGUUGGUAGAUAUUACCAAUUAUUUACAGAUAUAGUUAAUGUUACAGAAUGGUCAAAACACUGAAAGUUUCUAUAAAUUACACAAUAACGGCCUUGAUAAAAUAUAUUUAAAUUAAUAUUUAUAUAUAGUAUUUACUUUUAAUCUGUAACUCUAAUCUAUAAACCAUUUGUAUGUACUAUUUACUCUUCGAUAUUUACAUCGUCGAUUUUAUUUUUACACGUAUAUGAAUAUUGAAUAAAAUUUAUUAUUCACA